AAAAUACCUAUUUAUUGUCCAACACUCUUUUAGGUUCUUUCCCUAUUUAAGGUAAGGCAGUUUUUUGUAUCGUACGAAAUGUAAACAACCGUUAAAUUCAAAGCAUUUUCACACAAGCUGUGUUUCUCAGUAUGGUAGUGUUUUGUUUUCUGUGUUGUGACUGAUGUGUUUUAUGUCAUGACUGACAGACGGAAAACAGGAGAGCCAGUAAAGAGAGAUGACCGUGAACCUUUCAGAAAGCUCUGCAGGCUCCCUUGAGGAGUAGGUUUUACUGUGAUGAUGCUGGCUGGGGGCUCGUCAGGGCGGGGUGUCUUCCUCUGGAGCAAACAAUAGAGCAGCCUCAUCAAGCAUCCAUGCAUCACAAAUUCAACACAGGAAGUUGUCUUUAAAAAUAAAAGCCGCGGCCCUAUCUCACUCAACCAGAAGUCGUAGUUUGAACUCCACGAUCGGAAGUGAUGUGUUGACGUUGCUUUCUUCAACGCGUAAAAAGGAAAAAGGAGGUGGUUGCUGAGCAUCAUUUGGAGACAGCGGCUGCAGAAAUGUCAGCUCCUCCCGGGUUUCUGGAGGAACAUUAGCUACACACACCGCCACCAUGCCGUAGAUGAAGCCUCACAGCGGGGACUGCAGCAGCGGGGAGGACGCCGGGCGGCUCUAACCGAGGGAGGGAGGGAUGUACUGGACUGCUGGCUUCGCCUCUUCCCGGCCGUGUGUGGUUGAACUCGGGCGGAACCACAGCCUGCCCAUCGGUCUGUGCGCCUCCGAGCAGCAGCAGUCUUUGUAUGGCUACAUCAUCGCCUACCCUCUGCAGGAGUACGGAGGCAUCAUGUCGGUUCUGGGCUCGGACUCCUGGUGGAAGAAGACUCUGUACAUCACCGGGGGGGCGCUGCUGGCCGCCGCCGCCUACUUACUGCACGAGCUGCUCGCCAUCAGGAAGGAGCAAGAGCUGGACUCUAAAGACGCCAUCAUCCUCCACCAGUUCUCCAGGCCAAAGAAUGGCGUGCCCAGCCUCUCACCCUUCUGCCUCAAAAUAGAGACGUAUCUGCGGAUGGUGGAUCUGCCCUACCAGAACUACUUUGACGGGAAGUUGUCACCACAGGGUAAAAUGCCCUGGAUUGAGUACAACCACCAGCAGGCUUCAGGGUCAGAGUUCAUUGUCGACUUCCUCGAGGAGAAGCUGGGCGUGAACCUCAACAAGAACCUCACCCCGCAAGAGAGAGCCGUCUCCCGAGCUGUCACCAAAAUGGUCGAGGAACAUCUCUACUGGACAAUAGCAUACUGUCAGUGGGUGGACAACUUGGAGGAAACCCAGAAGCUUCUCGCGAUGACCGGUCCACUGAGCGACACGCUGAAGUGGCUGCUGAGCCACCUGAACGGCAGCAUGGUGCGCAGGGAGAUGUACGGCCACGGCAUUGGACGCUUCUCCAAAGAGGAGGUCUACACCCUGAUGGAGAAGGACAUGAGGACACUGGCCACCCUGCUGGGUGAUAAGAAAUACUUUAUGGGCUCUAAGAUGUCAACGUUAGAUGCUACAGUGUUUGGACACCUGGCGCAGGCUAUGUGGACUCUGCCUGGAACUCGACCUGAACAACUCAUCAAAGGAGAGCUGAUCAACCUGGCCAUGUUCUGCGAGCGGAUGCGGAGGAAGUUCUGGCCCGAGUGGUUUGUGGAGGUGGAGGAUGUUUAUUAUGAUGGAGGCAGUGAGAGCAGCGGUGGUGCCGGCGGGUCCCCUAUAGGCCUGCUGGAUUUGGGUCUCUUCUCCAGGACUGACACUCUGGACGACAGUGACGCCAGUAGCCACUCGACCUCGCCCUCCCCUGGGUCCAACCACUCGCUGUUUGACUCAGAUGUGGGCACGGGCUCUGACAAUGACAUUCAGCUGAAGGAGGACUUAAUGCCAGACCUGGAGGUUUGACCUGAGAAGGUGCUGUGAUUAAUCCUGACAGACAGACACCGACAGGAGACAGGGACAAUCGGUUUUGUGUCAUAAACCUGGUUGAAGAGCCUGUCCAGAUUCAAACUAGGUAUUUAUAUGCAGAGCAUACAAACUUAAGCUCAUGAUGCACACGCUAGUGUACCGUUUGUCCCCUCCUGUACCGUCAGAACUGUCCCUGCGGCAGUUUCUCUUUGCCUUAUUUGUCUCAUCCGAAGAUGCAUAAUCUGGUGUGAAAGGUUAACGCUGUGCAAAACGUCUCAUGGAGAUAGAACAGUUGACACGAAAUGAUGCAACUAAUCAACCACUCUGCCAUGUGUCUUAACACACAAACCCUAACAGACAGGUGGAGAUCAAUCAUGUGACAAAAAGGAUAGCAGCUGUUGUGUUUACACGAUUGACCAUCUACGUGCUGGCGAGGGAUUACAGUUGACGCCGUGUUUUUACUUUGUGCCCUUAAGAUAUCCUUACGUCAGCCCCUAAAUGUGACCGUAUUUGGGAAGAAUGUGAGUCAUGAGGAAAGAUUAGCAGAUUUUGUGCCUGUUUUCUGGUUCUGGUUAUCAGUCUUGUUUCUUUCCACCUCUUAAUUAUUUGUUUGCACAUUGACGAGUCUGGUUUUGAGAGCUGUAGUGUUUUUUUUUUACCACUAGAUGGAGGCAGAAGUCUUCCAGAUAUCAUCCACCCUGUACCAUCAAGGUGGUCCCAUACCAAGGACCUGCGGUAGAUUUAAGUGGGCAAAACACUUCUCCUUCACUCCUAAACUUUAAUAUUCUUCAUUCAUAGGUAUACAAUCCGUGUGUGUGCGUGUGCGUGUGUGUGUGUGUGUGUGUGUUGAGCACAGCAAAAAAUAAUUCGCCUUAGUGCUCAGACUCAAAAGUGACUCAGCAAGCAAUUUUACUUUCAUGAUCAAAUGUGUCACAUAUAUUUUUAUUUUGUUAAUAUUUGUGUUCUUAUUUCUCUCAAAGAGAUGUUAUUUUUGCACUAGUGGAAAUUUAUUUUCACCUUAUUUCAACAGGAACAGUCUGCUUUGGAGGGGUGUUGAACAGAAUAGGCCAAAAGAUUUGGGGAAACAUACAUGUGUUUAUCAGUAGAGCAGGAUGCUGAUAGUGAUCGUGUCCUAAGGGGAACACGCUGCGUGUGUGUGUGAGACGAAACUGAGAUGGUCAUAAAAACCAAAUCAAAACCAGGUAAGCGUCGCUGAAUGGAAAAAAAAAAAGAAAAGAAAGGAAGAAUCGACCAAAAUGUGUGAGUUGUGUCUGUCAUGCUAAGCUUUGUGUAAUAAUGGUGAUGCAGUAUGAAUGCUGUGGUUUUGUGGUUAUCUCAGACUUAUGGUAAAGGAUCAGUUCACCUAAAUUAUAGUGGUGAAUAUUGACAUUUGAAAUACUCUCAUUUAAUGUUACUCUGUAGAAUUUGCAGGACUCACUGUUGGUGGUUUUUGCAAGUAAAUGCCACGAGAACAGCUCCUAGAAAAUGACUCUCACAAAGAAAUCAAGCUUGAACAAACAACAAACAACAAAUAACUUGUAAAUCAGUAUCUUAUCUGAUACCGUUUGGCUUCUAUUGCUGUGGCUCUGAUGUCUCUCUUGAGUGUGGCACUAAUGCAGGACUUGGUUUAGUUACAUGUGUGUAAAGGACCUCCAUUUUCCAAAGGUACCUACUCUAAACUAUGUUCUUUUCUCUUUUUAGCUGGUGUAAAUUUGUUUAUUUACCUUGACAGUUUUGACUGCACUUCCUGCAAUCUUCCUCAGAAGUGCCACGUGACCUCUGGUGUUGUAUCCAAGUUGGAGUGAUGGUUCAACCUCCUGGCCAAAACAAGGGGGAAGACCUUCUCGCCAAAAAAAAACUAGCCAAAAAAAAAGAACGUAGUUUUAGAGUAUAACAUUUUGUGAGCUAGAAUGAACCUUUGUGGACUAAAGAGCAUUCCCAUCAAGUCAUAACUUUUCUUUCUGUGGUAUUAAAUCCAGAACACUUCUGCACAUGACUUCCCUGAAGGUUUGAUGAUAGAGAUACAGAGAUGAAAAUGUAAUGCAAAAAACCUGGAUACACGGUAAACCUGAGAAGAUGUUUUGUAAUUAUGUGUGAACUGACCCUUUAGAAUUGAGAGCCUAAGUAGUGCCAGAAGGCCUGCGUUUGACCCAGUGAGUGAGAUUCCAGAUAAAACCAACUUCCACAACGUCGUCCUGCUGUCUGGGUUCAGAUCAUGUUCAACAGUCGCCUCGCCCAGUCUGGGCAUCAUUAACAGUCGGACUGCUUUAUUCAAGCCAUAUUAAAUCCGGAAUUCUUGUCAUAUAGCGUUACCUCUGGGGUAAUAUAAAUAUUGUAUGUGUGACAAAGUGUACAAUACUGUGUGUAGAGCUGACUGAUAAACCCUGUGGGUGUGCGGUCAUAGAAACUGGAGCGGCACGAUGAUUUCAAUAAAAAGAAAUAGCUGUGACAAAUUUUA